AUGAACCUUCAGCUGAUUUCUCCGCUCACCGUCCGGGUUUUUGGCGGAGCCUGGAAUCGGAUUGUCGCAGGGGAGAGUCCCAAGGACACGCCAGACAGCGGUCUCAGCUCUCCCGAACACGUCUUAUGGACGACAUUUGCAAAACUUCUCAUGGUAGAAGCAUACCCGAUGGCAUACGCUCCUGGAGAGCUUGGGGAGAUUCCGGCGCCGGCGAGCUUCAAAGUUCCUUCGUUGCUACCAAAGAGAGACGAUGUCAGCAGCCAGAAGCCAGCCCCUAGGACCCCCAGGACCUCUGAUGUUUCUACCAGGGGAAAUGAUCUCUCGCCCAUCGCAGAGGAUCGUGCAAACGGGCCAAGACACGGUAUCGAGUUCUCUCCUGGCCAUCAGUCCUAUCUGAGCCAAACAUAUGUUGCCGAAUCACAGACAGACCAUGGCAACAUUUCAGGAACUACUAUGCUCCAAACUGACGACUCUGACCAUGAAACCGACGAGCCAGACCCCCAUCUCCUGCUUGAUACCCUCCCUGACCUACUUAAUGCGUCAACCAAGGCCCUGGAUCUUUUGGCACCGCCAGGCAUUUCUUAUGCCAAUGUCGCAAAGCACUUCCAGACGGCCAAGUUUAGUGUCAGGUACAACCGUGCUAAAGUGACCUUUGAGACCCAAAAGAAAUGCAUAGUCAAGUCAAACUUCAUUCCUAUUGAACGAUCGGUCGCAGCUUUGUCUUCUAUAAAAAAGCUUGACUGGCAGUCUGAGGGAUUGUAUCAAAAGGCCAACUUGGCACAACUAGCGCUGGAUCUUGUUAACCCACGUUUAACCGCAUCAACAGCGGCAGCAGACGACAGUUUCCCGGCUGCCUUUAUGGCUUCACGAUCGUUUGAAGCUGCGGGGAGUUCUGCAGGGGAUGACUGUAGAAGAGAAACGUUUCAGAUGGGACUUGAGCUGCGUACUCAACGUUUCAUUUCAAGUUUACUGUCUGGCUCCCCAAGUGAAUUUUCGGAGCCUGAAGAUUUGCUAGCGGACGUGUUCUAUAACCCUUCACUCAGCAGCGUUAAUACGGAACUUAAAGGUUGGGCAAUGGAUGGCCUAGAGGAUGAGGAUGAGCAGUUGCCUGAAGAAUUUCAUGAAACUGCCCAAGAGAGAAUAAGCCUCAUCCGAAAAACUCUUGCACAGGGUGGAAGCUUGGAGUCAAAGUUCCCAUGGUCGGCAUUCAUUGUUUCUAUUGCAAACUGGAUUCGAAAGCGGGUGAAUGAUAUUGAUCAGCUGCUUAGCUCACAAAUGUCUGUUGAAGAUGCGAUAAAGAUUCUACAAGCCGAAUUGGACAGACGCUCUAGUUUCGGGCCGGGAAACCCGCUGGAGCCCAUCUUAGACUCUACACUAGGCGAAGUUGAACCUCCGGUUGAGCAGAGCACCACGCCAGAGAGAGUCGUAGAGACCAAGCAAGCUGAUAAGGAAGAUCCCGCUACAGUCUCAAGUCCAACUAAUCGGUCACAUCGCCGAUUUAGAGGGAGAGGUGCACUUCAGCGAGUCCUGGCAGUCGGGCCAGUGCAAGAUGCUCCCUCAAUCCCAAACCAGGCCACUACCGAAGAGAUAACAGAAGAACCGCAAGCUCCCACAAGUCCAACACGCCGGCCGCGUCGCCGGUUUCAAGGAAAAGGUGCGCUUCGGCGUGUUCUUGCAAUCGGGAUCACUGAUAAUGCACACUCUAGCUCAAACAUACUUGCAACCACGGAAAAUAAAGCCCAGACACUGCAUGACGGGGAAGAGACAACGGAAUCACGACCAGUCCCGGCUCAAGGUUCACUGUUGGACGGUGGCUCACCACCUCCGCCCUCGCAAAAUUCUCCGCCUCGGCUUACACCAGCCGUCAGCAUACAAGAGUCACCACAGAAAACCAGAUCGAGCAACAGACCAGAAGAGCUUCCGCCACUUUCGUUAGCGGAGCUUUGGCAGCUUUCUGAAGAGGGGAACAAAGUUCGAAAAUCGAAACAGAAAUCCAAAGCGCGUGCAGCGUUUAUAGACCGACAGGCGGAUGCUCGUCGGGUUUCGCCCAUUCGCUUUACCCCGAGCCCUAGCGACAAUGCAUCCACUAGACCGAGCCCGCAGAAGCGAGGUGCCGAAGCUAUGGAUCCUGACAGCAACGAGUCUGGUGGUGGUGAUGAUGAUGAUGAGGAUGAGGAUUUGUUUGAAAUCGACAACCGCCCCAUAAAGAAGCGCCGUGUUCUGAAUAUUCCAGCCCCUCCCCGGCCUACCCCAGCUUCAGUCUCUCGCACGGUUGGAACGAGUGACAGCCAGGCAGCCACUAGAACCAGGUCGCCUUCAGCCACCGCUCCUCCACAACAACGGUUUGAGCGGGUAAGUGUUGAACCUCAGCCGGGGUUUAAAUGGGCGCCUCGGCGAGCCUGGUCACUAGAGGAAGAAGCAUGCCUGAGGAAGUAUAUCGAGGAGUGCGGCGGGCCUUCUUGGUCAGAGAUCAAGAAGCGAGACGGCAUGGCUGAGAACAUACUGUUUAAACGAACCCAGGUACAGAUCAAGGAUAAAGGUGCUCAGAUGCACUAUGACGAUUUGAUGGCCGGCCGUCCGCUCACCGUGGCGAUGGCUAGGGUCCCUAUCAGAAAAGUGAUGAGGGAUCGUCUCAUCAAAGAGGGCAAAAUGGAGGCCUAA